ACUACACCAGGCCUUUACAGUUACGGGUUCUUUAGGCCGGUAUACGGCGAACUUAUCACCUAGAGAGCAUGUUCCAGCUCUCACGACGCGUCGUACACCGGACAUCUGUUCGUUCUCGUUCUCUCGCUCGUGCAUUCGCGUCUGAGGCGCGCUCGUCCGAUUAUACCUACGAUGUGUGUGUCAUUGGAGGCGGCCAUGCAGGCUGUGAAGCAGCCGCUGGUGCAGCCCGUACAGGCGCCCGGACAGUCCUCAUCACACAAAAACUAGACACUAUAGGCGAGAUGUCGUGUAACCCGUCUAUUGGAGGCGUCGGAAAGGGAACGCUGGUCAGGGAGAUUGAUGCUAUGGAUGGGUUGAUGGGUAAAGUCGCAGAUAAGGCGGGGAUACAGUUUCAAAUAUUGAAUCGCUCGAAGGGCGCUGCUGUAUGGGGUCCCCGCGCCCAAAUGGACCGUAAACUCUACAAAUCACACAUGCAACAUGCUCUGCACAACUACGGCCCAAACCUCUCCAUACGCACUGGAAGCGUCUACGAUCUCGUGUACUCCCAUACGCAUUCUGGUUCGAGACCAGAGGAUAUUAGAGCGAGGAUUGAGGGUGUCAGGCUCGAUACGGGCGAAAUAAUACACUGCUCACAAAUCGUAAUCUGCACUGGUACCUUCCUAUCUGGCGAAAUCCACAUAGGCUCUCGGCGCAUCCCAGCCGGUCGAAUAAACGACCCCGCCUCACCUCCCUCUCCCUCCUCCCUCGCCUCUCCCUCCUCUCCCUCUUCUUCCUCUUCUUCCUCUUCUUCCUCUUCUUCCUCCUCCUCCUCCUCCUCCUCCUCUCUUCCUACGGCUUCUUCUAUUCCUAUCCCUCCUAGCCCCACGAUAUCGCACCAGUCCGGCCUUUCCCAUACCCUCCAACAUGCCUUCGCCCUCCCGCUCUCUCGUCUCCAGACGGGUACACCUGCGCGUUUGGAUGGUAAAACGAUCAAUUUCGAGCAUCCGAGGAUUAUCGUUAUGAAGGGGGAUGAGAAGCCGAAGAGCUUUGGUUUUUUGACUGGGGAGGGUGAGGAUGGUGGGCUGCCGAAUAAGGAUAAUCAGGUCGUUACGUGGCAGACGUUCACAACGCCGGAGACACAUAAGUUCGUGCGUGAUAAUUUGCAUUUGAGUGUGCAUAUUCAGGAGACGAAGAAGGGUCCACGGUAUUGUCCGUCUCUCGAAGCAAAAAUCACACGUUUCGCAGCGAAGAACGAACAUACUGUCUGGUUGGAGCCAGAGGGGUACGAUUCCGACGUGAUUUAUCCUAACGGCCUCUCGAACUCCAUGCCCGAGGAACUCCAAGAAACGAUGUUGCGCACGGUCCCUGGGCUGGAGAACGUCAAAAUGGUGCGGCCUGCAUAUGGGGUCGAGUACGAUUUCGUGGAUCCGAGGGAAUUGGAUUCUACCCUCGAAGUAAAACGCGUCCAAGGCCUCUUCCUAGCUGGUCAAAUCAACGGAACGACGGGUUACGAAGAGGCAGCUGCGCAGGGAAUCGUAGCUGGGAUCAACGCGGGUCUCGCGGCUCGCGACUUGCGCGCCCAAGUCUCAAGUGACGUUGUUAGUGGUGAAGAUGCGGCCCUGGGGAGGGGUAAGAGAUUGGUCGUGAGCCGGGCGGAGGGAUAUGUGGGGGUUAUGAUUGACGAUUUGGUGAUGAAGGGGGCUGAGGAGCCUUACCGGAUGUUCACGACGAGAGCGGAAUACAGGAUGACGCUCAGGAGCGAUAACGCGGAUUUAAGGCUCACGGCAAAAGCCCAUGCACUCGGCGCUGUCUCCGACACCCGUUGGGCUUCAUUCAGUCGCACUAAACGUUCCAUGGACCUCGCCACCUCUUUAAUGCAAUCAUACACACUCUCGCCGCAGGGAUGGUGGCUCAGGGGGUUCAACGAGGUGGGAAGAGACGGGGUCAUGAGGAGCGCGUUCGAUAUGCUCAGGUUCCCGAAGCUGAGGACGAGAGACUUCGUGGAGGUCAUACCUGAGCUUGGGACGAUCGAGGAGGGUGUUCUAGAAAGAGUUGAUAUUGAUGGCCGCUACCACUCCUACCUCUCCCGCCAACAAGCCGAACUCCGAAACUUCACAGACGAGGAAUCACUGCUUCUUUCUCCUAGGAUGGAUUACUCUGUCGUGCAGGGGUUGAGUUCGGAAGAAAAGGAGAGGUUGAGCAGGGUCAGGCCGAGGAAUAUUGGGCAGGCGAAGAGGAUGGAGGGGAUGACGCCGAAGGGGAUCGUUAUGCUUUUGAGGUAUGCGAAGAGGACUUGGGGGAGGGAUGGGCAGGGCGGUGUAGGCGCGAAUGUGGCUGGAAACCUGGGGCAGGAAGGGGUGGAGGGAGUAUUGGGGGAGGUGGCUGAGUUGGAGGCGGACGGGUCUGCGGAUGCGGGGAGAGUGGAGGCGGCAGCGGUUGCUUGA